AUGUGCGACAAUUGCAAAUGUGGUUCUUCUUGUCAAUGCGGUGCUAAUUGCACUUGCGAGAGAAACAUUACUCAACAACAUUUCGUGAAUACUCAAAAUGAAACUGACCCUUCUUGCAGUGUUAG